AUGGCACAACCACACAUCCCCUCCAAGGAGGCGGACCUCUUCCUGGACUCUUUUCAGGUCCCGCCCCCGUACGAAGCCGCCGCGUAUCCCCGCAUCCGGCCCCGCCGCACUCUCCUCCGAAGCCUCAUCUCGCCCCGCGUGCUCGUCUGCGUCUUCAUCGGCGGCCUGCUCGCCUGGCACACGUUUCUCAUCGAACGAGAGACUGUUAUCCGCGAUGCUGCAAGACAUGCGUCUCCGUCGGCCCAUCUGGCUCGCUUUGAUGAGUCCUUGAAGCACUGCGCUGCUCUCAAGACAUUUCCAAAGAGCCCCGAGCCAGAGACUCGCAAGUCCAACUCGAGAUGGAACGCUGUCCGCGGCCAAGAUAAGCCGGUGGUGCUGCGCAACAUGACCUUCUUUGACGGCGAAUCCAUUGCGUCCGAGCCAAUGGACAUCAAGUUUGAAAAGGGCCUGUUCACCGAGCUGGCAACAACGGCUUCCAAGUCCAUCAGCUCCGAUGGUGCCACCGAACACGACUUGCACGGUCGCUUCGUGACGCCCGGUCUGGUCGACAUGCACUCGCAUCAUGCCGCGAGCCUGUGGCCGGCUCUGUCCGUCACCGAGGACGAGAAUGAAAUGACAAAGACCUACGGCCCCCUCACCCCGAUGCUGCGCAUCCUCGACUCGAUGAAGGCGUACGAUGACGCUACUCGCAUCAUCAUGUCCGGCGGCAUCACCACGUCGCUCAUCUUGCCCGGGUCCGCCAACAUCAUGGGCGGAGAGGGUACCGUGAUCAAGAACGUCCUCAAGUCGGGAGAGCUGGGCGAGUACGUCGUCGAGGAGCUGCUGCUUGAGCGAGAUAUCCCUGUCGAGGAGCGCCAUCGAUACAUGAAGCUGGCCUGCGGCGAGAACCCCAAGCGUAUCUAUGGCCACACCCGCAUGGCCAACGCCUUCAUCCUCCGCGAGCAGUUUGCCAAGGCCAAGGAGCACAUGCAGAAACAAGACGAGUACUGCGAGAGCGUCGCCACCGUGUCGACCUUGUCUGAUGAGGUCAAGGACAGCUUCGUCCGAGAGUCUGGCAGCUUUCCCGCCGACCUCAAGCUCGAGUCCACCGUCGGGAUGCUCCGCGGCCGGGUCUCCAUGCAGAACCACUGCUACCUCCCCGAGGACUUUGAGACCAUGCUCCGGGUCACUGGCGAAUACGGCGUCCGCGUCCGGGCCUUCCACCACGCCCUCGAAGCCUGGCAGGUUCCUGAGAUGCUAAAGGCGUACGGCGAAAACGUCACGGUCGCUACCUUUGCCGAGUUCAGUCUGUACAAGUUCGAGGCUUGCGCACCAAGCCUCUCUGCGGGCAAGAUCCUCAACGAGCAUGGCAUCCCCGUGGCCUACAAGUCAGACCACACCGCACCCGAGACGAACGCAAAGUACAUCAUGUUCCAAGCGGGCGUCGGCCACGCGUUCCACCUCCCGGAAGAGAAGGCUCUGCAGUCCGUCACCUCCAUCCCCGCCAAAGCCAUCGACCUGGGCUACCGUGUUGGCUACGCUCGCCCGGGCUACGAUGCGGAUCUGGUUGUCUGGGAUGCCCACCCGCUAUCUAUCGGAGCGACUCCCCUGCAGGUGUACAUUGACGGCAACCCCCAGCUGAAGCACCACAUUGUUCAGGAGAGCAUGGGCGAGGCCUUUAAUGAAGCAUCGGCCAAGGAGUCCCGCCCCGUGAAGCCCAACAUGAGAACGGAGCUGGCGCCGGAGAAGAGGGAAGCGUUCUGCAGUAAGACCGCCAAGUCAAAGUCCAGUUUCGUCAUCAACGGCAUCACGAGCACAUUUUUGGAAAAUCACCCACAGGUGCCCACCGUCUUCCGCGACGUCACCGGCGAAAACUUUACUCUCGUGAUCAACAGCGGCAAGGUCGCCUGUCUUAGCACACCCGAGAACUGCUCGUCCGCCGUCGCCAAGGUGGCAUCCAAGUCCGACGUCACUACCCUCGACCUCUCCAACGGCCACGUUCUGCCCGGAUUGACGGCCCUCACAGCCUCCCUCGGCAUGGUUGAGAUUGCGACGGAGGAUUCCACUGGAGACGGCUUUGCCGACCCGAAGAAGGACGGAAACGACCCAGAGAACCUCGACUACGCAAAGUACGGCGUCCAGCUGGAGGGCAAGGCCUUUGCCCGCGCACGCCUCGGCGGCAUCACCCGCGCCAUCACGCCACCCCUCAGCUCCGAGGGUGGUGCUUUUGUCAACGGCGUCAGCGUCGGCAUCCUCACGCGCACCGAUCGUACGCUCCUCGACGGCGGCGUUUUCCGGCCCGAGGUGGCGCUUCACGUCACCAUUGACGAUAAGGCAAAGGAGAGCGUGGGCACCAUUAGCACCGCCGUCAAGAAACUCCGCAAGAUUCUCGCCGACGGCCAGGGGAAGCACAAUGAGACGACCUUUGGUGAGGUUGCGUCAGGCAAGCUGCCGCUCGUGAUCAAUGCAAAUAACCACGAGCAGUGGGACAUUCAGCAAAUCAUCAACAUCAAAAAGGACUUUCCCGACGUCAACCUCGUCAUCCAAGGCGGUGCCGAGGCGCCCCUGGUCGCCCUGGAGCUCGCAAAGUCCCAGAUCCCCCUCAUCCUCACCGAGACUCGUCCCGCGCCCUCCUCCUAUAGACACCGCGAUGCCGUCGUUGGCCCGCCCCUGACCCCGAGCGUCGCCCGCAUCCUCAGCGAGGCGGGCGUCUACUUUGCAGUCGCCAUCGUCACGGACAUCAUGCCCGCAGACUACCGCAUCCACGACCUCGCCCUUGAAGCCGCGUGGGCCGCCAAGUACGCCAACCUCGACGACAAGGAAGCCAUCCGCCUCGUGUCCGGCAACGUCGAGGACAUUCUCGGCCUGCCCAAGAGCAGCGACAUUGUGGUGUGGGAGGGCAGCCCGCUCGAGUUUGGCGGCACCGUCGCCCUCAGCUUCGAGGUGGACCAGAAUGGCGACCUCGAGGUUGCCGCUUGCUGGCCGCACGAGGAUGACCGUUAG